CCCGAAUCCCCAACGUCCCCAAAAAAUUCCAGCCUAUAAGGUGUCGACAUCCGCCAUUCCUCCGCUCUAACCUCGAGGUCGCUCUCACCAAAUCCAUGGAGGUCUAGACUGGGACACACAGAACAGAGAGACUGCAAUCGCUUCCUUCCUUCGGGUAGCUACAUUCAGCUAUUGGACCUUCGAAACUCUAGCCAUGGCUUCUCGGAAGGUCCUUUCCUCCCUCCUGCGAUCGUCCAUGCGUCGCUCAGCUUCCAAAUCAUCUCUAGCAACCGCUAGAUCUCCUUCACCAUGCCCCCGCUCUUGCCCGUCUCCUACAGGUUUUCUGUUCGCUCGCGCAGUCGACUAUGCCACCUCCGCUGCCGCGGCCGCUCCAGCGACCUCUGCCUCGCAAGCGUCUAUGGUUGGGAGUGGCUACGGUGGGAAGAUCACGGACGAGUUCACGGGUGCCGGCGCCAUCGGGCAGGUCUGCCAGGUGAUCGGAGCCGUCGUUGACGUUCGAUUUGAAGAGGGCUUGCCACCGAUCCUGACGGCGCUGGAGGUUAUGGAUAACUCAAUCAGAUUGGUUCUUGAGGUGGCGCAGCAUUUGGGAGAGAGCACGGUGAGGACGAUCGCCAUGGACGGGACAGAAGGGAUUGUUCGUGGGCAAAGAGUGCUCAAUACUGGCUCUCCAAUCACUGUGCCUGUUGGUAGGGCUACUCUUGGCCGCAUCAUGAAUGUUAUUGGAGAGGCUAUUGACGAGAAGGGUGAAAUCAAAACCGAUCACUUUCUGCCCAUCCAUCGUGAAGCUCCUGCAUUUGUUGAGCAGGCAACUGAGCAGCAGAUCCUUGUCACUGGAAUCAAGGUUGUUGAUCUUCUCGCACCUUACCAAAGGGGUGGAAAGAUUGGACUCUUUGGUGGUGCUGGUGUAGGAAAGACUGUGCUAAUUAUGGAACUUAUCAACAAUAUUGCCAAAGCUCAUGGUGGUUUUUCUGUCUUUGCUGGCGUAGGAGAGCGAACUAGGGAGGGAAAUGACUUGUACAGGGAAAUGAUUGAAAGUGGUGUCAUUAAGCUAGGUGAUAAGCAGGCUGAUAGCAAGUGCGCCCUUGUGUAUGGCCAAAUGAAUGAGCCUCCUGGUGCUCGUGCUCGUGUUGGGCUUACGGGGCUGACUGUGGCUGAGCAUUUCCGAGAUGCUGAAGGGCAAGAUGUGCUUCUCUUUAUUGAUAACAUUUUCCGCUUCACCCAAGCUAACUCAGAGGUGUCUGCUUUGCUCGGUCGUAUCCCAUCUGCUGUGGGUUACCAACCUACUUUGGCUACAGAUCUUGGAGGUCUUCAAGAACGUAUUACGACAACCAAGAAAGGUUCCAUCACAUCUGUUCAGGCUAUCUAUGUGCCUGCAGAUGACUUGACAGAUCCUGCUCCUGCUACCACUUUUGCCCAUCUGGAUGCCACAACUGUGUUGUCCCGACAGAUUUCUGAGCUUGGUAUCUAUCCGGCUGUUGAUCCCUUGGAUUCUACAUCUCGCAUGCUCUCCCCUCAUAUUUUGGGAGAAGAACACUACAAUACUGCUCGUGGUGUUCAGAAGGUUCUCCAGAAUUAUAAGAAUCUUCAGGAUAUUAUUGCCAUUUUGGGAAUGGAUGAGCUUAGUGAAGAUGACAAGCUGACUGUUGCACGUGCUCGUAAAAUUCAACGGUUCUUGAGCCAGCCUUUCCAUGUUGCAGAAGUGUUUACUGGAGCCCCAGGGAAGUAUGUAGAAUUAAAAGAAAGCAUCGCCAGUUUCCAGGGAGUCUUGGAUGGGAAAUAUGAUGACCUUUCUGAGCAGUCAUUUUAUAUGGUUGGUGGAAUUGAAGAAGUAAUUGCGAAGGCAGAGAAGAUUGCAAAGGAGUCGACUGCUUAAUUUUGUUUCAAAAUUUGCUUCCUCAUUUGCUACUUUUGGACUUUGGAAGGGUCAAUAAUUUAAGCAGAGGAUUGGCAAUGCCAGCAUCAAGAGCUGCAAUCUUCUUCCCGCCCCUUCCCUCCUUGACCGAAAAGAAUAUUAGUAGUUGCUACUUCAUCCAAUUUAAGUCUUAAUUUUUGGUAUAGUAGUGUUAUUAGGAAGAGAAAUGAGGGGAGGAAAUUCCGAGGCCUGAGGUGAGGGCACGAUCCUUGGGGCCUUUAUUGUGCAAUAAGAAACAGACUCAAAUGUGUGUAUUUGUUGCCCUAGCUUUCUCUGCCACCGCCACCAGAUAUAUACGGGAUGUUUUUAGCCCAAAAUCUUAAUUUUGUGCAAA